CCGUCGCUCUUCGCCUGUCGUUGCGGGGACGCUGACAGAUACCAUGUUGCCUCAGAAGAGGGGAAGAACACCUUCCAGAAUAGCUGUGAACUGUUACUGGACGAUCUUGGCAGUUUGCUUACUAUUUUUUCCAGAUGCUUUCCCUCUCCAGCAAGACCAGCCCAGAGUGUUGUUAGUGUCUUUUGAUGGAUUUCGAUGGGAUUACAUUUAUAGAGUAUCAACUCCCAAUUUUCAUUAUGCCAUGAAGAAUGGUGUUCAUGUCAAACAGGUCACUAAUGUGUUUGUAACUAAAACAUACCCCAAUCAUUAUACAAUGGUGACAGGUCUGUUUGCAGAAAGCCAUGGUAUAGUUGCUAAUGAGAUGUAUGAUCCUGUUCUGAAUGAAACUUUCUCCAUGAACAAAAUGGAGAUCUACAACUCAAAGUUCUGGGAAGAGGCCAGUCCAAUAUGGGUAACCAACCAGAUGGAAGGACAUAGAAGUGGAGCUGCUAUGUGGCCUGGAACAGAUGUGAAAAUACAUGGAGUCCUUCCUACGUAUUAUAUGCCCUACAAUGAAUCUGUUUCAUUUGAAGAUAGAGUUGCUAGGCUUAUUGACUGGUUUACAUCAGAAGAACCUGUAAACUUUGGUCUCCUAUACUGGGAACAGCCUGAUGAGAUGGGCCAUAUUCUGGGCCCAGAAAACCCGCUUAUGGGUCCAAUAAUUAGUGACAUUGACAAGAAGCUGGGCUAUCUUAUGUCUGAACUGAAGAAAGCAAAACUGUGGGACACAAUAAAUGUCAUAAUCACAAGUGAUCAUGGAAUGUCACAGUCAUCCUCCGAAAGGCUCAUUGAGCUUGAUCAGUAUGUGGAUAGAGAGCUUUAUAAAGUGAUAGACUAUUCUCCUGCAGUAGCUAUUUUGCCAAAAGAAGGCAAACUGGAUGAAGUAUAUAAAGCUCUGGCCAACGCUCAUCCCAACAUGACUGUUUAUAAGAAGGAGCAGAUUCCAAAUAGAUUACAUUACAAGCACAACAGUAAAAUUCAGCCAAUCUUAGCGUUGGCUGAUAAAGGAUGGGAGAUUGUACACAACAAAUCUGACCAUUUUCUGUUGGGUAAUCAUGGAUAUGACAACAUCUUACCAGAAAUGCAUCCAAUCUUUUUGGCAUUUGGGCCUGCUUUCAGAAAGAAUGCCACCAAAGAAGUCAUGAAUGCUACAGACUUGUACCCCUUACUGUGCCAUCUACUUGGUAUCAAUCCACUGCCGAACAAUGGUUCAUUCAGUGCUGUGAAAGAUAUUCUUGCUGAGGUGGUUCCAAGACAGCCUUAUCCUGAAGCCCGUGAAACAGAGUCCUAUGCUUACUUAAUAGGAAUCUCUCUUGGCAGCAUUCUUGUUAUGUUUUUUCUUUUUGUUUUUGUUAAGCAUUUAACCCACAGCCAGAUAAAUACCAUGCAAGUACAACAUACUGAAAUUGCCCAGCCACUGUUACAAGACUGAUAGUACUUGCCAGUGGAGGCACCAUAUGCUUUUUUCCUGUUUGACACUUAAAAGAAGCUUCCACAAAAUUAAGUGGCUCAGCAGAAAUAUGUGGAGUAAAACAAAAUGGGUACUGAUCCACUGGUACACUGGAGUACAUAAAUAUCAGGUACAUACAGAAGGAGCAUAUUUCUGUUUCACCCUGCAUCCACGUAAUCUUUCAGAGGCUGAGAGUAUUCUCGGUAAACUGGAAAGCUGUAUGUGUACCUACAUACAUAUAGUAAUACAUGUAGUAACAAUAGACCUUGAAUACCUCAUCCUGAACUGCUGAUACAGAAGUAACAUCAACUGAGGUGCACUUCAUAGAAUAUUACAUAGUGAUUUAACUUCUUUUCUUCAGUGAGCUUUUAAGUCUCUUAGAUUCUAACAAGUCAGUGAACGUGACUAGACUGUGCUUUUGAGGUUUUUCUUUCUGGCCGAAGGAAGUGCCAUAAGAGAUCACCAUUAGAGAUAGCUUGGUGGAUGGAGUCCUACAGAAUACAGCAUUAAGCUAGGUCACACACUCCUAAAUGUCUAAGUUUAGAGCUGGGCAUGUUCUGAGUUCUGUGCAAGUUGUAGCACCCAAAAUGCUAGUGUAGGUGGUCCUGCCUUUAGUGAUCAGCAUUAAGGGUUAAGGAACAUGCUGUACAAGCUUUUUUUCAGAGGGCUACAAAGCUCACCACUGGGUCUAAAGUCAGAUCCAUCAAUGAAGACAGUUUGUUAGGGUGAGCUUGCCUGCCGUCUUGUGUUUCAUCAGAUGUGUCUGGGUGGGCCCUUAAAACUUUAUCAUCUCUAAAGACUAGACACAUAAUUAUAAGGAGAAGUCUUAGAAAAUAUACUCUUGAAAAAAAAACUCUUAAAAAAAACAUGCUUUAAUAUGAAAUAAGACAUAAGAUUAAAUUGAAUUGAAUAAGAUUGAAGUUUGUUCUUCCAGGGGAAAGUCUGUAUUAGGAAAAACUUAAUCCUAAGUCAGACAAAACUAUGAAUUACUCUGAUUCUUUUGAGGCGGGGUUGCUGAAGUAAGUCUUCCCUCUGUUGCAGCCUUUUCCAGUGAGCUCACUUACUUAAAUGAUAGCUGAGAAGCUGCUGACUGAGGUUUUAUGAAAGACGUGGUGUUUAGUGAGAAAACUUGUCUAAUUAUCAGACUUCUAAAAAAGCUGAUUUUUUUUUACUCUGUUUGAGUUAGUAUUUGUAUACAGACGUGUUGUCUGAAUACAAUACGUGAAGGAGAAAAAGAUUCUUUCCAAAUUGACUUACUUAAAUAUUCAGUCUGGUAUCUCUAUAAGUGCAAUUUAUUGGUGUGUGCACGUGCAUUAGUGCUAAUGCUUUAUUUGAAAAGUGGAUUAUACUUUCCUCGAAACAGUGGAAACAGCUUUAUUCAUAGAGAUAAGAACAUCUUGGCCUUGGAGAGUCUCUAUGUCAAGAGAAACUAUUGAUGUGACUUAGUGAGAAAAGGUGACUUAACUGAAAUCCAAAACUUUUUCUACUAAACUUAAUUCUAGACUUAAAGGAUGACAUCUAAGUGGGUUCAGAUGGGAAUUUUCACUUCUUGCUGCCUCAGUGAUGAUUCUACUGUGCUAUGUUACUUCUGACAAAGUGAGCACUGGACAGUUUGUAAUCGGUUGGAUACCUCAGUGAUUGCAGAGACGCUCGGAUAGCAUUAAACUCUGAUGUGGAAGGAUUCCAGAGACCACAGCUAAAUGCAGCGAAGGCUUGAGAGGGAAGGCAGUGAAGCACACCAGUAUCUUAAGGUAUAUGCUGAAAUUCUAAGUCUAAUAGUACCUUUAAGAAGGCAGGAAACUAGCAAAUGUGUUGGAAGCCAGCACCUUAACUUUGGGAUAUGGACUGCUGUGCAAUGUAAUCUGACUCAUCUCUGCAGUUCUCCUGUUACUGUUCUGGUACUGUUUGGUAUUUCUCCAUGCCCAUUCUCUUAAGAAAAUACUGAAGGAAAACAUCUGAGAUAGCUGUGCCUGACAUCGUAAAGCCCAUUCUUAAUGGAGCAGACCAUUAGGUACGCCUUAAGUCUAAUUUGUUGACACCAGCUUGUCUUCAGUAGCUGCUUCAGCCCCUCGCUUUGGAACAUGCUGCUAUAAUAGAAAUUUCCUAGCAAUACUAAUGGCAGAUGUUAAAUUAAUGAUUAUAUCUUCAGAAGGGUGCAUUAGACUCCCUCUUUUUUAUUGUGACAGGUGAGCCAAGGUGAGCCCUGAUCCUUAAGGGGCAAAGUUGGUCAGCAUUACUCAGUCAUGCUAGCAUUUAUGUCCUGCCUCCCCAAGCACAUGCCAGGGAAGAGCAGCAAGUUUCCACUCAGUGCAUUUGGGAACGUAGUAUCCAAAGUGGUUGGCUAGGAACGCAGGCAUGAGAAUGCUCUUCAAUGUCGUCGUUCUGUAUUGCACUGUAAGGCCCUUUCUGAAGAGGGCAGCGUGACACUUUGUAGACAACUGAAAUCUUCACCAUUCAAGUAUUUCAGUUGAGGUUAAACCGUAUUUCUUUAUUGUUUAGAUAUAUUUGUAAAUAAUCUUUUAGGCAGUAGUUACUUUGUUAGGAUAUUUGCCUAGCCGAUACUAAACACUGCUUUGUUAGUGUGCGUGUAUGUUUAACGAACAUGAAAGCACAUAUGAUACCAGUGGGGAGAAGGACCAACUUUUCAGACCUGUGAUGGGAGAUUCUUUAGACUUUACCUUUCUAGGUGGGGGAGGGCACAGGAUUUGGAUUUUGUCUAUUUAGUACCUUUUAUGAUUUAUGAACAAGUUUGUCAGAAAGUGGGUUUGAGUACGCUAUAUAUUGGCUUGUAGCUAAAGCUUGAGAAUUGAAAAGCUUGCAUGAUUCUGUGCUGCUUUGCUGACCUGUGGAACAUACUCUGAUAUGUCUAACAUUUUCUUCCUGCUUGGAAAUUUCAGAGUUGAAAUAUAUAUUUGCUCUGUGCUAGCAAA